GAGCGUAAGCGCUGGCUCCGCCCCCCCGGGAGGUGAGCGGGGGCGGCCUCGCUCUCACGCGGGCUUGGGCUGCCUCCGGGCCCGGCGUCGGCGGAGCGGGCAGAGCUGGGCCUGCAGCGCUGCAGAAGCUUCUGUUUCACUCUGGGACACUGGAAUCUGUGGGGCGGUUGCCUUCAGGCCAUAUGAACCCCGGGUUAAGAUGGAUCUUGUACUCAGUGCUGCUGACUACUACUUCUUCACCCCGUACGUAUACCCGGCCACCUGGCCAGAAGAUGACAUCUUCCGACAAGCCGUUAAUCUCCUGAUCAUAACCAAUCUGGGCGGCUAUGCCCUCUAUUUUUUCUUUGCCACCUUGAACUAUUACUUUGUCUUUGAUCACUCAUUAAUGAAACAUCCACAGUUCUUGGAGAACCAAGUCCAGCGGGAGAUCCUGUACACCAUCCGGGUGCUGCCGUGGAUGAGCAUCCCCACGAUGUUGCUGUUCCUGCUGGAGGUGAGAGGCUACAGCAAACUGCAUGACGACGUGGCAGAGUUCCCACACGGCUGGACUCAGCUCGUCGUCAGUGUCUUCUCCUUCCUCUUUUUCACUGACAUGCUCAUCUACUGGAUUCACAGAGGCCUCCACCACAGGCUUUUAUAUAAGCGCUUGCACAAACCUCAUCACAUCUGGAAGGUCCCGACUCCGUUUGCCAGCCAUGCGUUUCACCCCCUGGAUGGCUUCCUCCAGAGUCUGCCUUACCACAUAUACCCUUUCGUCUUUCCGUUGCACAAGGUGGUCUAUAUAGGUCUGUACAUCUUGGUCAAUAUUUGGACAAUUUCCAUCCAUGACGGUGAUUUCCGGGUCCCUCGAUUUUUGAAGCCGCUUAUUAAUGGCUCAGCGCAUCAUACAGACCAUCAUCUGUUCUUUGACUACAACUAUGGCCAGUAUUUCACACUAUGGGAUAGAAUUGGAGGGUCAUUCAAAAACCCUUCCUCCUUUGAAGGGAAGGGACCACUUGACUACGUGAAGAAGAUGGAAGAAGAAAAGUCCAAUUGCCAUGCAGGAAAUGGUCAUAAAAAGGAAAAGUUACUCAAUGGAGAACAUUCCAAGACUGAGUAGAUGACUGCCCAGUUACUAAGCAUGUUUGAUAAGGCAAGAUGAUCUGCAUACGGCCAAGAGAAAUAGCAAGUCCCUGGCACCCCUGAAAACCAGCUCUGUGGGCAGCUUAGGAGACACCCUGUGGUGAUAAAGGGGAGCUCAGCCUUGUGCGUGACAUGCUCGGUGUUCAUCCAAGAGGCAGCUGUCUACUUUCCAGCCAGCAAAUCUAGAGCUUGAAUGCCCCAACAAUUUUUUUUUUUUUUAAAGAAAAUAAGUCAUUGAGGGAACUAGGUAACAUCCUUCUGCCUUAAUCCACACAUGUUCAUUCAGAAAAAAACAAUAACUGAUUGUGCCGAUUAAUGCCAAGGCUGAGCACCCUAAUAAAGAAAUACUAAUCUAAAGAUGGUUUCAGGAAUGAUUCAGCCUGCAGAACUGGUGUGAUAGUUACUACUUGGAGUGCUUGGUUCACGUGGAAACAUCAGUGUGAAAGAAAAUUCUGAUAUGACCUUACUGGCUCCGUAAAAGCCCUAAUGACUAGGAGGUAGAGUAAGUUUAGCGUCUUUCUACACAGUGGAAGCUUAUUCUGUGGGGACAUUACAGUAUAUUGCAUCUUACUGAUUAAGUAAAUUGAAGUUAAAAAAAUUAUAAAUAAACUCAUAGUUUAAUCCAGGUCUGGGAUUAGUUAACUAAAGACUUUGAUGCUUAUUGUUUGAAAUCAUUGUUUAUUAAGUGUAAAGGUAUGUGAGUCUGAAUAUAUUUAGGAAGGGAAAUCUGAUCCCCAGAUAAUAUAUUUGCUGAUUUUUUAAUUAAAUCGAUGCACUGCACUUUUGAUAUGGUUCAAAGUUACAUGCUGGGACUUUUCUAUAAAGGAACUAGUUGCCAAGUAUGUAGGCUUUUCACUGAAGGCUAGUUUUGAAAUCUUCCCAUUUCUACCCCCUCCUAUUGUAAAAAGAUGUAACAAAUACUUUCAUAAAGAAACGUGUAUUGUGACAAAAAAUAUAUUGGGAAAACAUAGUUUGCAAAAGUAUUCUGUACCCUAUGUAAACAUCAAUAAACAGUUUACAACUUACUAAA